CUCAGUCGUCUAGCCAACUAGUAGUAACGUGCUCUUUGGUUCAGUUCUUGAGCGCCAUCUUGUGUGGUUGGUUCCAUUUAAUUUUGUUCAAAGCGUUUGGCUGUGAAGUAGGGGCAGCUAUGCCUCGUUCAUCAUUGUGGUUGCCAUUGGCACUGGCUUAUCUAUUUUUAGCUAGUGCGCUGCCAGCAAAUGCUCAAAGCGAGGAGUCGGAGGCGAAGGAGACGCUGUUCGACGUGCGCUCAAACAUCACCCUGAACUGCGCGUUGGCCAACCCGGACGGCCUGCCCUAUGUGUGGACCAAGAACGACACGAACAUCGAGCAGGUGUCGGACCUGAAGGGGCGCUACCAGCUGGAGCGCGGCGGCGCCGAGCUGGUGGUGCCGCACAGCGCCGAGGACGACUUCGGCAACUACACGUGCGCGCUCAGCGGCCGCACCGACCCGCCCCCGCAGCGCUGGACCUUGCGCGGCCGCACCUUCGCCAAGCUGCCGCCCAACUCCAACGUCGUCGAGGGCCAGAAGCUGAAGCUGCAGUGCAAGGUGGUGGGCAAGCCGUACCCGCGCGUCGUGUGGACGGUCAGCAACUCGACGGAGGAGGAGGGCGAGGGCGUGGAGGUGCGCCUGGCGCUGGGCGACCGCGUCACGCUGCGGCGCAGCGAGCAGGGCGCCGAGGACGGCGAGCUGGUGGUGGAGACGGUGCGGCGCUCGGACGCGGGGCGCUACACGUGCGCGGCGCCGCUGCCGGGCGCCGGCGCCGGCGCCCCGCACCGCGCCGCCACCACGCUGUACGUCAAGGACAUGUACGCCGCGCUCUGGCCCUUCCUCGGCAUCUGCUUCGAGGUGUUCGUUCUCUGCACCAUCAUCCUCGUGUACGAGAAGCGCCGCACCAAGCCCGACCUCGACGACUCCGACACCGACAACCACGACCAGAAGAAGUCGUAAGCGCUCGUAGCAGUGUGUGUGUGUGAGGAGGGGAGGUAGGGAGGGGGGGGGAUGUCGCGCGUCCUCUCACUGUCUCAAAUGUUAACCAAAAUGUUUGUUUUAUAAUUAGAAUAUUUGACCGUCUUAACGCCGGAGGGGGGUGAGGGGGGGGGGGCUGUUGUAGUUCGCAAUAAAUCGUGAUAAUGUAAUUUAUAUAUUUUUUAUUUCAAUAUAUAUUUGUUGUACUUAUUUCGUAAUGAUGAUUUUGUUCAAAUUAUGUUAUCCCAAAAAUGAGUUACAUAGCGUAAGUAAUGAAUGUUACGAUACUCGUGCUUUUUGCUUAAUAAAUUGAACAGAAUACAAAUAAAUUGUUAUAAUUUUU